AUGUCUGUAGAUGAACAUAAUGGGUAUCUUUUUAUUUUGCAGGGUUCUAAAGUCAAAACCUUGAGAUUAAUAAAGGCAGGAAGAUCUUCACUUUUUAAAGUAAUUCUCCUUGGAGAUGGUGGAGUUGGGAAGAGCUCUCUAAUGAACAGAUAUGUGACCAAUAAGUUUGAUACCCAGCUCUUCCAUACAAUAGGUGUGGAAUUUUUAAAUAAAGAUUUGGAGGUGGACGGACAUUUUGUUACUAUGCAGAUUUGGGACACAGCCGGUCAAGAGCGAUUCAGAAGCCUGAGGACGCCAUUUUAUAGAGGUUCUGACUGUUGCCUGCUCACUUUCAGUGUUGAUGAUUCCCAGAGCUUCCAGAACUUGAGUAACUGGAAGAAAGAGUUCAUAUAUUACGCAGAUGUGAAAGAGCCUGAGAGCUUUCCUUUCGUGAUUUUAGGCAACAAGAUCGACAAAGUGAAUCAAGUGUCUACAGUAGAAGCCCAAGCCUGGUGCAGGGAUAACGGUGACGAUCCUUACUUUGAAACAAGUGCAAAAGAUGCCACAAAUAUCGCAGCGGCCUUUGAGGAAGCAGUUCGAAGAGUGUUUGCUACUGAGGAUAGGUCAGAUCACCCGAUCCAGACAGUCACAGUCAGUCUGCACCGAAAGCCCAAGCCUAGCUCGUCUUGCUGUUGACCGUUUGGAGAGGUUGCCUGUGUGAUCUAACCAACUCACACACAUACACAGAAAA